AUGGCUCGCAAUCGCCCCCUUCCACUCUCCGAGGAGUGGGAGGAUCCCGACACCUAUAUCAAAGAGCUCCUCAACUUCGCGACGACCAAUGUCCUAUUCAUGAACCUGUGCGGUGGCGUACACAUCCUCGAUUUCCUGACCCGCGAGCCCGCUCUAUACACCACCCUCCUCCCAGAAGAUUGGCGAGCCUUCUUCGAACAUCAUGAUAUCCACGAUAUACUGCAACUGCUUCUGCGAGAAGACAUUGAGCCCUUAUGCGUGGAAGCGACCAACGGAGACACUAGCGCAGGUGCUCGCACAUGGAAGGACGGCGCAUUCCCUCCACAGAGCCUUUUAGAAUACAUUCGCCAAGUGCGCCAGCUCAGCCUUCGUCGAGAAUUCGAUACCUCGACGCAGAAGAAGGCAAAACUUCCCAGACAUGUGGCGGUUGGCAUGAAGACGAAAAAAGAGCAUGAGGUCGAAUACUUUUCUCAGUUCGUCGCAUCAUUAUCCGAUACCGUGGGUGAGCGUCGCGGUGAGCCGGUGUCUCAUAUUGUGGAUUUUGGGUCUGGGCAGAAUUAUCUUGGGCGGACAUUGGCCAGCUCACCGUUUCAUAAACAUAUUAUUGCAAUUGAGCGGAAACACCAAUACAUCGCUGGUGCCAUGGGCAUGGAUGUCUCGGCCAAGUUGCGUGAGAAGGAAAAGUCUAAGACGGUGUAUGUGCAUAGUCGCAAGAAGUCCUGCAGUGGCUGCAAUGGCACACCGGAAGUGGCAGCAUCUGAUAAUGCAGAGGCGCAAUCAAAAACAGAACAGCAUGAAGCUCCUGAGGAUGUUCCAGCUCAAGGAGAGACCGCGGAUCAUCAGGAGGAUGUCACUAUGUUCAAGAUGCUAGGCGAGAUUACACUGGAACCUCACGAGCUACUAGGGUCGAUCACAAAGGGAGGUCAAAAACAAAAACCCGACCACGAGAUCGAUACCCGGGGUACUAUCAGCUACAUCGAACACAACAUUCAAGACGGGUACCUCGAGCCCAUCAUUGACCACGUUGUCAAUCCAUCCGCUCCAACGACACCAAGCGAAACCGUAACAGACGAAUCCACCUCUAUAACAAUCCAACCAGAGGAGCAACAACAAAGCAACGCCCGAGUAAUGGUUGUCUCCCUCCAUUCCUGCGGCAACCUAGUCCACCACGGUGUCCGCUCCCUAAUCCUCAACCCCUCCGUCGUAGCGGUCGCCAUGAUCGGCUGCUGCUACAACCUCAUGACCGAACGCCUCGGUCCAGCAACAUACAAACUCCCCGUUCUCCGCUCCCUCCACCCCCGUCUCCAAGCAACGGGCAAUUCCUACGACCCACAUGGCUUCCCAAUGUCCAAGUACUUUGAGAACUACGAAAGUCCCGGCGCAAUCGGCAUGAAGUUCAACAUCACGGCACGCAUGAUGGCCGUGCAGGCACCGUAUAACUGGGGCCAUGAUGAUAGCGAGCGCUUCUUUGCUCGGCAUCACUUCCGCGCCUUGUUGCAACGUAUUUUCGUUGAUCGUGGCGUCGCGGCUAAACCGGGUAUCCCCGAUGAUCUCUACGCUGAAGACGAAGGCGGCGAAUCCACAGCAGCUGUGAUCAUCGGAUCUUUACCAAAGCGCGCAUUCGAAUCUUUCACUGCAUAUGUACGUGCCGCAACGACCAGACUGCUUCGUGACCCGAAACAUGCCUCCAAGAUCCAAGAGCAAAUCGCUACGAUGACGGACGAGGAGAUUCAGCGCUAUGAGAUGGAGUAUCUCCCAACGAAAAAGCAUCUUAGCGUUGUGUGGAGCUUGAUGGCGUUUAGUGCGCAGGUUGUGGAGGCGGUUAUUGUCGUGGAUCGCUGGCAGUUCUUGCGGGAACAUGAUUCGGUCAAAGAGUGUUGGGUUGAGCCUGUCUUUGAGUAUAGUGAGAGUCCGCGCAAUCUGGUUGUUAUUGGGAUUAAAAAGUGA